UGUGGGGCGUUCUCCCUCACCUCAUUCUCCUCUCUCUUUCUCUCUUCGUUAUUGCGCAUUCUCUUCCUCUGUCUCAGUGUAACUCCGUCCAUCUCUGAAGUCUGAACGAGCAAAAGCUGUGCCCAGCAGCGAACGGCUGAAGGGGUCCUUGGCUGUAUGAGAGUCUGACUCAAGGUCAAAUUAGAGUACCAUGGCAAUGGAGUGCUUCAACAGCCUUCUCCUGAAACUGCGGGAGGUCCACGAGCGGGAAGUAGAGGGGUGGCAGGCGAAAAUCCAAGAGCUGUCCAACAAGAAGGGCUGUGACACAAAGCGAAUGGAGGAACUGUUCAGCAAAAACCAGCAGAUGAAAGAACAGCAGAGAUUACUUACCGAGAACAUCAAGACACUGGAGAACAGGCUGCGGGCGGGGCUGUGUGACAGAUGUACAGUGACUCAAGAGGUAGCCAAGAGAAGACAGCAGGAAUUUGAAGCCUCACAAAUACAGAGCAUCCAGCACAUGUCUAUACUAGCGGGAGAAAUGACCAACCUGAAAAAGGAGAACAAGAGACUCAGAGAUGAGAUCAGAAAUUUAAGAGCAGCACUCGACAGAGGUCACAGCGAGCACUCCUCCAACAGCAGCACCACCACGGGGGUCAAGCCAAACAGCUCCCCUGACCUUUCACCCUCUUCUGGACCCAUGGCCCUCAUCACUGCAGCAACCAGCAGGGCCAGCAACAAGCCAGUAGAUGGUGAUGUUGCAGUGAAAACUGAGGUCGAAACAAGAGCUGAAGAAACUGAACACAGACAAAGGAGAGGGAUGAACAGAAACCAUUAUGACUCAUAUAAGCCUCUUUCGACUCUCGCAUUACCAUCCUGGAAGACAGAACCAUGCUGUAUUGGAGAGAGAGGAGCUCAGAUUGUUGAAGGACUAAACCAGCAAUCCUCCAUCCCUCCUCAAGCUCUCCUUCUUAAGAACGCUUCUUCAUCAACUGGUGGAGAAGUGAACCCUAGCAGACAUGUGCUCCAUGCUCCUGUCCCCUGCCGUCCUCAACCACUCACAAGCGGCCCGGUCACUCUCCCAUGGCCCUUAUCUGAGUCCCCUGACUGGGUUACUGCAGCUGCUACAGGGUCGAGCCUAGUGGUGCAACCUUCUCCCAAACCAAACCUGCCACGCUUUCCCAACCUGAUCCUAACUGCCCAACAUGGCAGCCCUAGAAGGCAGAGUUUCGGAUCUCUCUGGCACAAGCAGAGCACUCCUAGGGCCCCUGCCGUAGAGCCAACUGUAUUGUUCAGGUUGAGGAGUCUGUCAGAGCAUGUGGAAAGUAAAACUAAGCCUGAGGAGAAAAAGGAGAUCCUACCAUCCAAGCCUGAGAGAAUCUCUGGAGAAGGGCUCAGAGAGGUGUGCGAGGGGCCUCUGGAUCUGUCAGAUCGAGGAAAGUCCAAAUCCAGCGAAACACCAAGAGAGUAUUCACCCUCAGUCAUACUAGGUGUAGAGCGAGUACAGAGCAGCCCUGAGAAGGAUAUGAAGACAAAUCCGUCGACACACACACCAGUAUCAUCACCACAUUGCGCCAUCCCUCCUUCAUCCUCCUCAACACUGCCAGUCAAACAACAAGAGGAAGAGCCUACCAGUGACCAUAACCACAAGGCAACCAUAGAGCAGGAGAAGAAAGAGGAGGUGAAUGGAAAGACAGACCAAAGCAAUGAGAAGAAGGUGCCUGUCCUCACUAUAUCUUUACGUCCAGUAGUAGUGCUGGAGACUCUGAACUCUGCCCUGCAAAAGCAAGAAUCCUUAUCAUCAAAUGGCAAGCAGUCAUCAUCACCAGUUGAGACAGUAAGCAGUUGCGAAGAUCAGGACGAGGAGGAAAGUGUGUCAGGACAAGAAAGCAACCAGAGCUGCAAGAGGAAGAGGGCAUCUGUGGAGACAGAAACCGACAGAGAAUCAGACUCAGACAACAUCCAGCAGGGGAGGAAGAUCAAGAUCACAGUGAGAAAUGAGGAGAAGAGCCCUAGCUAGAUAUCACAUUGACUUGGUGAUCUCUCUGCAUUACCUGAUUGUUUUGGCCACUUGGGGGCAGUGCAACAAGCUGUUAACACAACAAUGACGUAUAUCAUCACUUUAUAAAGUUGUUCUAGCCAACAGUGGAGUAUUUACACAUCCAGCAGACACGGAGCAACCUUAGCAUUAAUUUGGUGUCGUGUCUCUGGCCACCUGAUGAAUGUGGGUCAAAUAUUCACUCUGUACUGUUUUGCAGUAUCUGUCUCUUUAGUAGCUACAUGCUCCACUAUGUUCACCUUUUGUUGAAAACAGCUGACUGCUGUCGCUGAAAAUGAAACUGAUAAACACAUUGGUGAACCUUAAAGUUGCAUGCCGUAAAAUAGAGGAUGCUAAAAAACUCAGUAGAGCUGAGGGGAAGUGCGGUCAGGUGAUAAAUAUCUGUUUGUCUCUUCAAGCAACUCCUUUCACAUACAAGUAGUAUUGUGAUCCAUAGUGGUGUAGUGGUUCCUGGAGAACAGGGUAUACUCAUAUAGUUUAUGCGCCAAUUGUGUUUUUAAACAUAAAGACACAUUUGACACUGACAAUUAAAAUGAGACUAUAAGAAUUAAAGUGCUAAAGUCCUCUUAUAUUAGUUGCAAAUUGCUCUAUUGCACUAAAAUGUAGUAUUGCAGCUUGAUGGAGAUUUAGAAGUGGGUAUACCCCAUGCUGACCUAAAAAUAAGUAGGUAUAGUCUAUGUAUACCUGUGUAUACCCUGCACUACACCACUGGCCAUAAUUAAUAUAGAAACAUUGAUCAGGGCAGUUUUCAUUUUCUAGGAAAUUACUUGGGAAGAUUCAACCUCUAAAUUGCUUCCUUGAUAAAAAUGUAAUAUGUAGCCUACAUAAAAUGAUGAAGCCUACCACAAAAUGAAGACCAUAUCAUCAUAUCAUAUUGAUCAUAUUUGACAGGACAUUUGAAAAAAAACAAAAUUUUUAUUCUUUUACCUUAAAGCUGUCUGAUACAACAGAUACACAUUUAGUUUUCCCAGGAUUUUAGAAAACAUUUUUAAAAAUAGCCCUAAACUUACUAAAUUUCUGCUUUUGGCGACUUGGGACAUGGACAUAUUAUCAUCUCAUAAAGUUGAAUGGCUAAUUUUAAGGUGAUGAAAACACGAUUCUUAUUUUCAGGUGAUUAUACACUAAUGAAAACAUACCUAUGAAUAUUAUAUUACAUUUCUAACAAUAGAUCCUCCUAAAUGUUACACACUGGACCUUUAAAGCAUUAUUAAACAUCAGGGUUUGGCUCAGUGCUGUCUGUAAGGGUCCAGCUUCCUCUUCUGAGCCAGAAUUCAAUUCAAUUCAAUUCAAUUUUAUUUGUAUAGCGCCAAUUCAUAACAGAAGUUAUCUCAGGACACUUUUCAAAUAGAGCAGGUCUAGACCGAACUCUUUAACAUUAAUUACAGAGACCCAACAGUACCACCAUGAGCAAGCACUUGGCGACAAGGGCAAGGAAAAACUGCCUGUAAGAAGGCAGAAACCUAGGACAGACCCUCCGGCUCUAGGUGGGUGGUCGUCUGUCUCGACCAGUUGGGGUGAGAGAGAGAGAGAGAGAGAACAAAACAUACGUGAAUAUAAUAGAUAGAAGAUGGGAAAAUAGAUUAUAUCUGUAAAAAAAAUCAACCGUGGUUGAUUUUAUGAUGGGUGUUUACUGUUGGAAGUUUGUUUAGUUUUUGGUUCUGGUAAGUUUCUCGCUACUUCCUUUAUUGCCACUGAAAAGCAGAACACAGUGCACUGUGUCUGUUAUCUGUUUAAACCAGAAAAGAAUAGCCCGUUUUAGUACUAUUGUUACAGCAGUUUUAACACCAACUAGAGGGAGAUUCCACACUUUACACAAUGCAGUGGUCAGUAGAAACUGUCAAAAUUGGCCUUGGUUGCAGUAAUCUACUAACAGCUCAAAAUACAUGUUGUAACUACUUAUUGAUGUUGAAAUGCUACACAUAGAACUUUUAAAAAUGUAUGGCGAUUGAAUGGCCAGUGUGUGGGAUUUAGUGGCCUCCAGCAGAGACAUUGCAGAGUGCAACCAACUGAAUUGCAGUCAACUUCCAAGCAUGUAGAAGAAAGUAUGGUGGCUGUGACUCUAACCCUAACCCUAACUUAACCCAGAUUUUGAAGUAGUACAUUUAUGUAUCACAAUAAAUGUACAAAGGGCCAGAUUGGCAUACUACAGUCAAAGGUUCACAUCCAGACUCCAUCCAGAUCUACAACCCUACAAAAUGUUCUGAUAUGUUCAGUGUCAAUAUUUUGCAACUUGGCAGGUAUGUUAAUUGACCCUUCGUAACUCCCACCCCUUUUUGCUCUGUGCUCCAAUAACAGUUGAGCCUCUGUCAGAAACUCGGUCAACUUUCACCUUUCCUGUACUUAGAUAUGCUACGUGCUAGGCUCUAUGUUUUGAAGAUAAAAUCGAUAUAUAUAUAGUUACACUUUAAGUUAGCUUAUGUUUUCAAAACAUACCUACUGAGCCAACACUUUCAAAACACUAGCUAACUAGCUGACUUAUUAAUUGCUUGUUAGCAAGUUAGCUAACGUUUUGCUCAAGGACACUUCAGCCCUCUCGGACAAGGAACGUUCCCUCCUAAUUACUGGUCCGUUAGCUAAUGUGGGUAAUGUAAUAUUACAUUUAGUUUCAGUAUAUUAAAAUAGUUUGCUUAUGAGCUGGAACAUGUAAUGUCUUACUCCAUACCGUAAUUGGUAGGCCUAUAUGCUGGUAUGUCCUGCUAUAGCAACAACAGCACAGUCAGGUUUACAAUUUCACACAUUUUGCAACACAUACCAGCCCUGAAUAUGACCAACUGAAGGCAAGUCUCUGUGCAGUAAACAGCACUAUCAUUGUCCUGAAACACUGACACAAGCCACGGCCGAUAACUAACUUUUAAUGUCCCCUCAAAUUAAAAAUGAGCCUCAACUUUCAUCAAAAGUAAACCACUAGGUGUCUGAGUGUCACCUAUUUGGGCUUAAAACUAUAGUCUUUCUCUCCAGUAGUCAGAUAUCACACACUCUUCUAGUUUCAUGUAACAUGCAGUAUUUAUUCUAUAGUUAUUUCACUUUCCUGGCAUUGCUGUCACUGCAUGGCUAUUUUUGCUACAGAGCCACCCCUCCUCUCACAUCUUAAGUGACCAACAAAGGGAGAAAAAAAGAGAAAAACAGGUUCCUCUUCCUCUUUUUCAUUUUCAGAAUGCACAUAUUUUGCAAGUAUUAACUUUCCGCUCACAGCUGUGACAGCUUGUGGUAAGCCGGGUGGACAGAGGCGAUAAAAACACAGUGACAGAGAGUUAAAUAACCUAUACUUUUGUGAUACAGCACUGUCAGUAGAGCCAAUAUUUACUCUAAACAUGAGAUUGUUAGUUUUCAUUCUUUUUUAAAAAGUGUGCACGUUUUGAUUAUUCUAUGUGGGCAGUCCUAAUGCUGUUAUAUUGAUUUCUACUGUUUCAAUCCUGUCUCUCUAAUGCAAUUAGAAUCCAUAUAGUACAAUACUUGGUCAAUGGUCAGUAGGCAACAACUUUCCCUGCCAUUCACAUCUCUCUGUUAAUUAAAAGGUGUAAGUGUACUAUUGUGCUUUGACUUUUACAGUAUGCUAACUCUCAAGCUAAGUGUUGUUGUGUUAAAAGCUCCAAAGCUGUGAAGCUGCAGGGGGUAACUUUUAUAAAAAUGUUUUUUGUCAUGUUUGCUGAAACUUUCACUAUAUCCUGACAGUAGAACAUGAAACAGAUAAUCUGUAGAAAAUCUGGUUCCUCUGGCUCCUCCUAGUGCUCCUAGUGGCAUUUACAAGAAUGCGGGCCUCUCAUUCCCAGGGUGUCAAAUACAGAUGCUUUGGAACUCUGGGAAGACUCAAAAGUCAACUAUCUUCAAGCCACCAACCCAAAGCGUCCUUAUAUCUUUCUCAGCUCUGAUUGGUUGGCCCAUUGUCCAGGCCCAUCAGGAGCACUAGGAGGAGCCAGAAGAACCUCAUUUUUUCACAGAUUAUCUGUCACAUGUACUACUGUCAGGAUAUAGUGAAAGUUUCAGCAAAUAUUUAUGUAAUUUUUUGCUAGUAGUUACCUACGGCAGUUUUAACAGAUAUGUUUGUUUCUUCGAGUGAUAUAAAGUGCAUUAGAAACUAUUGUAUGAAUGCACUACUUCCAAAAUAAAUUUCCGUUCUUAAAUGUU